UAGUGUAUUAUGGGAGCCAAUGGGAUGUGGUACAAAGAUAGCAUCACUGACUGAUAAUUAUAUUCUUCUUUGGGAUUUACAAGAAAGCUCAAGCAAGGCAGUGCUCUCAUGUUCUACAACCUUGAAAGGAAAAGGUCAGUUAAAGUUUACUUCUGGCUGCUGGAGUCCUCAUCACAACUGCUCACAACUUGCCACAGCGAAUGACACAGCUAUUCGAGGCUGGGACAUUAGAACCAUGUGUCAAGUUUAUUGCAUCGAAAAUGCCCAUGGCCAAUUGGUACGAGAUCUUGACUUCAAUCCCAACAAGCAAUACUACUUAGCAAGCUGUGGGGAUGACUGUAAAGUGAAGUUUUGGGACACCAGAAAUGUCCAUGAACCAGUCAAGACUUUGGAAGAACAUUCCCAUUGGGUAUGGAGUGUCCGAUACAAUCAUUCACAUGAUCAAUUGGUGUUGACUGCCAGCAGUGACAGCAGAGUCAUCCUGUCCAACAUGGUUUCCAUUUCAUCUGAGCCCUUUGGCCAUCUGGUGGAUGAUGAUGAUUUAAGUGACCAUGAAGACAAUCAUAAUGAAGACAAGAAAGAACCGCUACAGGACAGUAUAAUAGCAACAUAUGAAGAGCAUGAAGAUAGUGUCUAUGCUGUUGAAUGGUCCUCUGCUGAUCCGUGGUUAUUUGCAUCUUUAAGUUAUGAUGGAAGACUGGUGAUAAACCGGGUACCACGAGCAUUAAAAUACAGUAUUUUGUUGUAAUUUUGUAGCAAAGAGGCCCUUUUGGGCGAGGAUGGGGGGGCGGUGAUCAUUCUGAUUUGCUUCAGGCAGGGCAAAGCCCUUGGUACGUGGUAGACCUAGAAGUCUGGGUUUCUCUGUAUGUUGUGAAAUGUUAACACCACAGCAUAUGUCUUUUCGAUGUUGACUUGUUCCACACUUAGAAGUCAGGCCUGGCUUCCUAUUGAGCAGAUUGCUCUCUGGAGAAAUUCAAAUGGGCCAGGUGGAUCCAGUCCAUGAUCCUGGAGUGAGUAGGAGUCUGAUUCAUGACCCUUAGGGAAGGAUCCAACCAAGAUCACAGGAUUGCUAGCUUAGGUAGGUAUUGGAGAAAGGAUUCCAGUGAAGGUACUUGUCUUUUCCCUGAGAUUAUUCUUCCUUUGCUGCAACUGCUGCCACUGCCAGUCCUGCUCAGGUUGGCAACAGUUAAACUUGCAAAGCAGAAUAGAUACAGAGCUUCCUACCUCAAUGUCUACAAGAUGCCACUCCACCUCCUGGGAGUGGGUUGAUUGCCUGCCAUUUGAUCCAUGGUUGCCCACCCAUUGUUUUGCUUCAGCAAAACUGAAAAGUUGAUGGGUAGGAACCAACUUCCCAACACAUUUGUGUUUUUUGUCUGUUUAAUUCCCCACUUGUGGUCAAUCCAACCUGUUCACUAAUGUUGAAAUUUCCCCACUAUUUUCUUGAUCUUGAUUUACUUUUGUACAAUUUCUGUUAUAUGAAACUCCGAAUAAAAAUUGGCAUUAAGUGACAUAA